AUUUUCUCAUCUCUUCCUUCUUUUAUCUUUGCUGCUUCGUCUUCUCGCUUUUCAUCUCUGAAUCGAUCGCUUAAUACGUAAGCUCUCUGAUUGAUUCGUUCCGAUCUCUCACCUGCUCCGUCAAUUUCCCUUCUGUAUCCACCUUUAAAUCGAAGUCCCGUCGAUGUCUUCAAAGUGAUUUUGGAUUCUUCUUGGUGCUAUUGGGGUUGAAUCUUUGGUAAAACUAAACAUGGGAAGGUUGAAUAGGUAAUUAGAAGAGGCUUUGGCAAAUGGCGCCUUCAAGAUCAACGAAAUCUAAGUACAAGAGAACUCCGCGUCCUAAGGAUGUUUCUCCUCACAAAGAAGAAGAAAGUAUGAGCAAAACCAAACCACGGAAGAGGAAGUUGUCGGAUAUGUUAGGUCCUCAGUGGAGCAAGGAAGAGUUGGAGCGCUUUUAUGAAGGAUACCGCAAAUUUGGAAAAGAAUGGAAAAAGGUCGCUGGUUUUGUACAUAGUCGUUCUGCAGAGAUGGUAGAGGCUCUAUACACUAUGAAUAAGGCUUACUUGUCUCUUCCGGAAGGCACUGCUUCUGUCGUUGGCCUUACUGCAAUGAUGACUGAUCACUACGCUGUUCUGCAUGGAGGAAGUGACAGUGAGCAGGAGAAAAACGAAACUCUGAGGUCAGCUUCUAAGCGCUCUAAAUUGAAAUCCUCAGAUCAUCCCUCCGCAGGAUUAGAGGGUCUGUCUGACCGCCUGCAGUUCAGGUCCUCUUCAGGCUACUUGCCAUCACUGAAGAAGAGACGUACUGAGACAAUGCCUCGUGCUGUUGGAAAAAGGACACCUAGAAUUCCUGUCUCAUAUACCCCUGAGAAGGAUACUAGGGAAAGACAUAUGUCACCUGUUAAGAAGUCUCUAAAUCAGAAGGGGGAUGAUACUGAUGAUGAUAUGGAACAUGAGAUUGCAUUAGCAUUGACUGAGGCUUCACAACGAGGUGGUUCUACCAAAAACCCACACACACCAAAUAGAAAAUCAAAGAUGUUCUCCCCUGAUAAGAAGAGUGAAAUAAUGCGUGCUGAUAUUGACAUGGCGAUUGCCAAGCUCCGUGCCACUGAUACGGAAGAUGCCCAAUGUGAACCAAGCUUAGAAAGUACUGAAGCUGAAAAUGUGGAUAACCCAGGAAAUAGAAAUGAGUUGACGAAUGGAGAAGAUAGAAGUGCCAUGAAAGAAAAACAGUACUAUAGAAGGAGGUUCGGCAUCAAAGAAGAUGAUUCAAAAGAGGCCUGCAGUGGUACAGACGAAGCACAAAGCUUAGGCACUCUCGAUGAGAAAUUUAAACAAGAAGGGGAUGGGAAGUUUUUGAAAUUCACAUAUAGAAGUUCAAGGAGAAAAAGUAAAAAAAGUCUUUUUACUGCAGAUGAAGACACAGCAUGUGAUGCUCUCCAGACGCUGGCAGAUCUAUCGCUGAUGAUGCCUGAAACUGCCACGGACACUGAGUCAUCUGUUCAAGCUGAGGAAAAGAGAGCUGGGAAGGCUUCAGAUUAUAAAGAGACUGAUCUAGCGUCCAUGUCUAAAAGGGGCUCUCUUAGAAAAUGGAAACAGAAAAGACCCGUCUGCAAUGAUCUUUGUAAUACUGAGCCCGAGAGAAAGAGUCCAAGUAGCUCUGUAAUCAGAAAGGGACGGCAGAAAGCAUCACCAGCUAAAGUUCCUAAAGAUGAGCUUGCUGCAAUUUCACAAGUCACUGAGCCUUCUAAAAACAAGGGAAUAGGUGAGGAAAUUAAGCCUGUUGGGAGAGGUAAACGGUCUGCAAGUAUUCGAAACUCGUAUGAAAAGAAGUGUGUCAAACCCCAGGAUCGUACUUCUUCAAGUAACAACAUGGUAGAUGACGAUGAGUCAGCUCCAUCAACUGCAGCCACGCAAAAAGAAGUUAACUUGCCAACUAAAGUUAGAAGCAGAAGAAAGAUAGUAACUGAGAAACCUCUAACUAUUGAUGACGUGAAGAAGUCAGAGAUUUUGGAGAAGUUUUCGCAUUGCAUAUCUAGUUUCAAAGCACGAAGAUGGUGUCUUUUUGAGUGGUUCUAUAGCGCAAUUGACUACCCAUGGUUUGCCAGACAAGAGUUUGUUGAGUACUUGGAUCAUGUAGGGUUGGGCCAUGUUCCUAGGUUAACUCGCGUUGAAUGGGGUGUCAUAAGGAGUUCUCUUGGGAAACCAAGGCGUUUUUCUCAACAGUUUCUGAAGGAGGAAAAAGAAAAGCUAUACCUAUACAGGGAUUCUGUAAGAAAACAUUACGAUGAACUAAACACGGGUAUGAGGGAAGGACUUCCGAUGGAUCUGGCUCGGCCUCUAAAUGUUUCACAGAGAGUUAUUUGCCUUCAUCCAAAGUCAAGAGAGAUUCAUGACGGCAGUGUCCUAACCGUUGAUCACUGUAGGUACCGGAUUCAGUUUGACAACCCUGAACUAGGGGUGGAAUUUGUCAAGGAUACUGAAUGCAUGCCACUAAAUCCUCUAGAAAACAUGCCAGCAUCACUUGCAAAACACUAUGUUUUGUCGAAUCAUCACCGUCAGAAUUCCAGCGAGGAGAAAAUGCAUGAGCGGGUAAAGGAAAGCAUGCCUGAAGGGUACCCCAAACUUUCGUGCGAGGCAGGCUGUCCCCUAUCCCCACCAAAUUAUAUCAUUAACAAUUCACUAAAGCAGGAAAAGGUAGAAAUCUCAAGUUCGGAUCCACAAGCUCAAAAUGGAGUCGAUGAGGCUCUUGCUGUACAAUUGUUUAAUUCUCAGCCCUCAAAUAUUGGCCAUAUUCAUGCGAGAGAAGCUGAUGUCCAAGCUCUUUCUGAACUAACACGUGCGCUUGACAAGAAGGAGCUAGUUUUGAGGGAGCUAAAUUACAUGAACAACGAGGUUGUGGAAAGUGAGAAAGACGGACACAACGCUCUGAAGGAUUCUGAAUCUUUUAAGAAACAAUAUGCUGCAGUUCUCUUUCAGCUAAGCGAAAUAAAUGAACAGGUUUCAUUGGCACUUCUUGGCCUGAGGCAACGGAAUACUUACCAGGAGAAUGUACCAUCUUCUUCAAUAACACACAUGAGCAACUCAGGGGAACCUGAUAGACAGUUGACGUACGUAGACAAUGAUGCAUCUGAUACUAAUGGAUUCCAUGUCUCUGAGAUUGUUGACAGUUCUAGAGUAAAAGCUCGGAAAAUGGUAUUCAGAGCUAUACAGGCAUUGGCGUUAUUAAGGAAAGACGAAAAUAAUGUUGUAAAUAUAGAAGAAGCCAUUGAUUUUGUUAAUAACCAGCUCUCGACAGAUGAAUCAGAAGGAUCAUCAGUCCAGCAAACACAAGCUUCCCAGGAUCAGCGUCUUCCCUCUACACCAAAUCCUUCUAGCUCUACUCAACAUGCAGAUGAUUCCCACGUAAACCCACUAGACCAAAAUGACCUGCAGGUUCCGUCUGAACUUGUUUCACGCUGUAUGGCUACAUUGCUCAUGAUUCAGAGAUGUACAGAGAGGCAAUUCCCACCAAGUGAAGUGGCUCAGGUUCUAGAUUCGGCUGUAGCCAGCUUACAGCCUUGCUGCUCACAGAACCUUCCUAUUUAUACAGAGAUACAAAAGUGCAUGGGAAUCAUUAGAAACCAGAUUCUAGCCCUCGUACCCUCCUAGAGCCAAGACUUAAUAAAAACCCUCUUUGUCUCUCCAUGCUGCUGCUUGUUUCUCUUGUAAAAUUGAUGUUCCCUUGUAGAAAAUCUCUUUAUAUAUACCUCAGUUAUUUGGUGUGUCUUGACUGCGAAAGAGCAAAACUCAUAAAGAAUUCAA